AUGGCAGCACAACUUCGCGGGGCGGAGGAGACAGCAAAGGGUAUUGGCCAGGCGCUCAAGUCUGGCCUAGGUACCGUCACCAAUGUUGGGCAAGAGGCUUAUAAGAAGCCGGAGCUUAGGAAUAGGGCUGGGGAGAGUCGGAGCCCCUAUGUUAGAGGACAUGCCUCGAAUCCUGUUGCUUGGCAGCUUUGGGGAAAGGAGGCUAUUGAACUUGCCGGGAAGGAGAACCGCCUUAUUUUCUUGAGCAUUGGCUACAGUGCUUGUCAUUGGUGCCAUGUUAUGGAAAGGGAGUCCUUCGAAAACGAAGAGGUAGCCGCAAUUCUAAACGAGUCGUUCAUCCCUAUCAAAAUCGAUCGCGAGGAACAUCCCGACAUCGACCGAAUAUAUAUGAACUUUGUUCAAGCUACAACGGGUUCUGGAGGCUGGCCCUUGAAUGUUUUUGUCACGCCAGAGCUAGAACCCGUCUUUGGGGGAACAUAUUGGCCCGGGCCUACAAGCACUACCGCACAAGUUGAAGACCAGGUCAAUUUCCUCGGCAUACUGAACAAACUAUCCACAGUCUGGAAGGAGCAGGAAGAGCGAUGCCGUCAAGAUGCUUCGCAGAUCUUGAAACAGCUGAGGGAGUUUGCAGCAGAAGGCACACUUGGUGACCGGUCAGAAAAAGCUGGAGAUAUGGAUAUUGAGUUGCUCGAAGAAGCAAACCAGCAUUUCAUUUCAACAUAUGACACCAAGAAUGGCGGCUUCGGCGCUGCACCAAAAUUCCCUACGCCUUCUAAGCUCUCAUUCCUCCUCCGCCUAGGCCAGUAUCCGGAAGUUGUCCGGGAUGUCGUUGGAAAAACAGCGUGUGACAAGGCGGAAAAUAUGGCUAUUUCCACCUUGCGAAAGAUGGCACGUGGUGGAAUCCAUGAUCAUAUCGGAAACGGAUUCUCCAGAUACUCGGUCACUGUCGACUGGUCGCUGCCCCAUUUCGAAAAAAUGUUAUACGACAAUGCGCAGCUCCUUCACGUCUACCUGGAUGGAUUUCUGCUAUCGAAUGAUCCCGAAUUACUUGGUGUGGUUUACGAUAUUGCCUCGUAUCUCACCAUUGAUCUUGCGCACCCUAAUGGAGGGUUUUACUCGAGCGAGGAUGCCGAUAGUUUUUACAAGAAAGGAGAUUCAGAAAAGCGAGAGGGCGCUUUCUACGUAUGGACAAAGCGAGAGUUUGAGAAUAUCCUCGGCUCAAAAGCAGCGCCUAUUCUUUCGGAAUUUUACAAUGUUAACAGGAACGGGAAUGUUGCACCAGGCAAUGACCCCCACGAUGAGUUCAUUGAUCAAAAUGUGUUGGCAAUUGCUAGCACACCCGCAGCGCUAGCGAGCACGUAUGGUAUGACGGAGGCGGAAGUCGUCCAGAUUAUCAAGGAAGGGAGGAUCGCGUUGCGAGCGCAUAGAGACAAGGAGAGAGUUCGACCUAGUCUGGAUGAUAAAAUCAUUGUCAGUUGGAAUGGCCUUGCUAUCGGUGCCCUGGCUCGGACUGCUGCUGUGAUCAGAAGUUUUGACCCGGUAAAUUCGGAGAAAUAUCUUACUUCGGCACUCAAGACUGCAGCUUUCAUCAACGACCAGCUCUACGAUGCUAAAACAAAGACCUUGUACCGAAUUUAUCGAGAAGGUCCCGGAGAUACGAAAGGCUUUGCAGAUGAUUACGCUUUCCUCAUUGAUGGUCUUAUUGACUUGUACGAAGCUACAUUCGACGAGGUAUGGCUCCACUGGGCCGAUGAUCUGCAACAAUCUCAAAUAUCCCUUUUCUAUGAUACGAAAGGAACUGGCGGAUUCUUCUCUACCCAGGUUGACGCUGCGCACGUUAUUCUCCGCCUCAAGGAUGGUAUGGAUACAAGCGAGCCAUCAACAAACGGCGUCUCGGCAUCAAACCUAUACCGGCUGUCAAAUCUUCUUGAAGAGGAAUCCUACUCAAAGAAAGCAAAAGAAACGGUCUCUAGCUUCGAAUCAGAAAUGACACAGUACCCUUGGCUCUUUGCCUCCUUUAUGCCCAGCAUUGUUGCAAGGAAUCUAGGCGUCAAAGGAGUAGUGGUUUCUGGGGAAGGGGCCGUUGAAAAGAUGGUCGAAGCUCACGAGAAGCAGCCGAGAGGGGCUAUCGGAACUUUUGCAAGAUUGAACAAGUCAAGUUCUUGGCUGAGGGGGCGCAAUCCACUAUUUAAAGAAUUCGGUCUCGAUGAUAAGCCAAGGGCCCUUAUUUGCGAACAGGGAACUUGUCUUGAGAAAGUGUUAGAGGACGACAUUCCUGCGUUAGCAAAUCCUCUAGACCUUAGCAAUGUGGCUAUGGCGUUGCCUGAGCAGCAGGGUGCUGUUGUAGACGGGAUGCCCGAAGAGAAGCCUCUAUAA